AUGGCGGAUCCAAUAGGGGCCGAGAUCGUGGUGGAGCAGGAUGACACCCCCUUUUCGACGCCAAAACGAUCGAGUCGGGUGGUGAGGCAAACGAGCAAAGUCCGAGACACCGCGCGACAACUCGAAGACACCGCCAAAGAAACGCGAAAACCUACCCGGCAGACGACUCGAAGUGUUCCAACCGAAGAGCAAACCGAUCGAACGACCGACGUCCGAAAGAGUAGCGGCAGCGGCGGCAGUGAUGGAAGGGCAAUGCUGCAGAAGGCGCUGGAUCUCCUGGGGGAGUCGCGCAGGGAGACUAAAAGACUGCAAGAAGCGCUGAGAGAACAGAUGGAAAUGACCAAGGAGCUACAGGAAGCUGUCGCAAAGCAAGAAGAAACGAUGUGCGAAAUGGGCAAGCAGAUGGCCGAGAUGAAGGAACAGAUGGCCGAAGAACUACAGCGGGUCCGCGAACAGCUCGAAACGAUUGCGACGAGUGCAACAGAGGGACCUCAACGAUCAUACGCCGACGUCACACGACUGACAUCAUCUAUACUCCACAACGAUUCGAGAACCGUAGCCGCUCCUCCGAACCCCGUAGACGUGUUCUACUGCACAGUUGACGUGUCAAGACUGGAAGAAGAGGAGGCUAGGAUCUCGGCCGGGACGAUCCGAGCGACAGUGGAGAACCAAGUCCGCUCUGAGCUAGACAAUCCCAGGUGGCGAUGCCGAGCGGUGACAAUAGACCCAAAGAACCCCUACCGCACAAAACUAGCACGAGGAACUCGUGUCCUGCGAGAUGAUCUCUACCCUAUCAAGGUGGAUAACGUAAGUCGCACCGCGGUGCUGAACGAGAUGAACGAAAUUCGGAUAGAAGCCGCCGAGACCCUUGGUCGAGAGAACGACACCGAGGUUGCAAAGAUAGCAUGGCUCAGCAAGAGAGAUAUCCCCAAAGCGUAUGGCUCGAUGGUCGUGUACCUCAAGAAGCGUUCGGAAGCCAGGCGAUUCAUUGGUGAAGGAUUUUUCGUGGCUGGAGGGGAGUCCGGCACCACGAGCGUGUUUGAACGCCGAGAACGUCCCAAACAAUACCACAAGUCUGUGGGAGAUGCGCACAAGAAGGUCACCACCACAGUGCAUGCACAGGAACGAUUCCGAAAUGUAUUCCUUGUGGCGGUCCCCACGAGUCAUACAGCAGAAACUGCCGGAAACUCUAUCCAUCACAGCAUGAAUAGUAUACUCCAACUGUUCCAACUGAAUGUCAGAAAGCAAGGGCCAGUACAUGAUAGUUUAAUGAACGACAAGGACAUUCAGGAUGCAACCGUAUUGGCCAUCCAAGAGCCCCAUGCACGCAGGGUCCAGGGCAAGUUAUUGAUGACACCCAUGGGGCAUCAUAGAUGGGUUAAGAUGGUGCCUACGACAGAGAGAGAGGGUAGAUGGGUGAUUCGAAGUAUGCUUUGGGUGAAUAGGGAGGUGGAGGCGGAGCAGGUACCGAUAGAGUCCCCAGACGUGACAGCAGCGGUCCUCCGAUUGCCAGACCGUCUGGUGUUCACGGCGUCGGUCUACGUACCGGGCGGAGACGCCCAAGCUUUACGAGACACGUGUAGCAAGCUCAGCAGAGCUAUUACGGAGGUGAGACGGAGAUCAGGGAGAGCGGUUGAUGUAGUGAUGGUUGGCGACUUUAACCGGCACGACCAGAUGUGGGGAGGGGACGAUGUAUCGGUGGAGCGACAAGGGGAGGCGGACCCGAUCAUCGACUUGAUGAACGACUUUAUGCUUCGGAGCCUGCUCCGACGGGGCACAAAAACAUGGCAAAGCGGAGGCUAUGAGACAACGAUCGACUUGGUUCUGGCCUCCGAGGAGCUUGCGAACGCGAAUAUCAAAUGUGCGGUAUAUGGUACGGAACACGGAUUGGAUCAUCGUACAAUAGAGACGAUGUUUGACGUUUCAGUCCCGAAACCGAAACAGGAAGAAAGACUGCUGUUCAAGAAUGCACCAUGGAAGGGGAUCAAUAACAGGAUAGCGAACACACUGAGAGAUGAACCGAUGGGAAAUACAGUGCAGCAGAAGACGGACAGGCUGAUGCUGGCGGUCUCAGAAGCCGUCCAGACCUUAACACCAAGAGCCAAACCGUCUCCAUAUGCAAAGCGAUGGUGGACCUCUGAUCUCACACAGCUACGACACGUUUACACACACUGGAGGAACAGAGCGCGGACCGCGAGACGUGCCGGACAGGGUUCCUCGGACCUCGAGGGCUCAGCAACCGCCGCAGCGAAGCAAUAUCACGAUGCCAUACGGCAACGGAAGAACAACCAUUGGAAAGAGUUCCUAGCAGAUAACGACAACAUCUGGAAAGCAGCCAAGUACAUGAAGUCUGGGGAUGAUGCAGCUUUUGGGAAAGUGCCACAGCUCACGAGAGCAGACGGGACAGUAACAACUAACCGUGGAGAACAAGCCGAAGAAUUGUUAGCCAAGUUCUUUCCGCCACUGCCAGACAACAUCGAAGACGAAGGACCACGACCACAGAGAGCUCCAGUAACGAUGCCGAACCUGACUAUGGAAGAGGUGGAGCGCCAACUGUGGGCAGCGAAGUUAUGGAAGGCGCCUGGAGAGGAUGGACUACCAGCGGUCGUCUGGAAGCAAAUCUGGCCGUCGGUGAAACACGACGUUCUCGACAUCUUCCAAACAUCAUUAGAGGAAGGCGUGAUACCGAAACAAUGGAGACAUGCUCGAAUUAUCCCGCUCAAGAAACCAGGAAAAGACGACUACACGAUUGCAAAAGCCUGGAGACCAAUCUCGCUUCUUGCUACCUUGGGCAAAGUGUUGGAGUCGGUAGUUGCCGAGAGGAUCUCUCACGCGGUAGAGACUCACGGACUUCUCCCUACUAACCAUUUUGGUGCACGAAAACAGCGAUCAGCAGAGCAAGCGCUUAUACUCCUUCAAGAACGUAUCUUUUCAGCAUGGCGCUCACGCCAUGUCGUAAGCCUAAUCAGCUUCGACGUGAAAGGCGCAUACAACGGUGUGUGCAAAGAGAGAUUACUGCAGCGGAUGGAGGCAAGAGGAAUUCCGGAUGGUCUCUUACACUGGAUAGAUGCCUUUUGCUCCGAGCGAACGGCAACUAUCAUGGUGAAUGGACAAAGCUCCGAGAGUAGACCUCUGCCACAAGCGGGACUGCCACAGGGAUCGCCUCUGUCGCCGAUAUUGUUUCUAUUCUUCAACGCAGAUCUGGUGCAAACUCAGAUUGACAAGAAUGGCGGUGCUAUUGCAUUUGUCGAUGACUACACGGCGUGGGUGUCGGGACCGACAGCCCAGAGCAACCGGAGAGGGAUCCAAGCGAUCAUCGACAAAGCUCUUGACUGGGAGAGACGGAGCGGUGCGACCUUUGAGGCAGAAAAGACGGCCAUCAUACAUUUCACCAGAUACACAGGCAGGAUAGACUCGGAGCCAUUCACCAGUAAGGAUGAGAGAGUCUCUCCGAAAGAUCAAGUCAAGAUUCUGGGGGUCGUCAUGGACUCACGGCUUCACUACAAGCAGCACAUUGCAAGGGCAGCGACGAAAGGCCUCGAGGCGGUGAUGGAACUGAAACGACUCAAGGGGAUGGCCCCUUCGACAACGAGGCAGCUUUUCGCAGCCAUGGUAGCCCCUGUAGUGGACUACGCCUCCAACGUCUGGAUGCAUGCUUGCAAAACACUAGCGACGUAUGCCAUCCAACGAGUACAGAGAAUAGGAGCGCAAGCGAUUAUAGGGUCCUUCACGAGCGUGGCGACAGGAGUAGCUGAGGCCGAAGCCCACAUAGCGACCAUCCACGAACGGUUCUGGAGACGAGCGAGCAAGUUAUGGGUAGAUAUACACACGCUGCCGCGAACCAAUCCGGUCCGAAAUCUCGUGCGAGGGAUCAAAGCAUUCAGACGCUUCAUAUCUCCUCUCAGACGCAUCGCGGAUGUAUGUCGAGAGUUGCCGAAGGACACCAUGGAAGUGAUCCAGCCAUUUACUCUCACUCCGUGGGAAACGCGUAUAAAGGUCAUAUUGAGUACACAAGGAGAGGAAGAAGAACACAAGAUCAAAGAGCUAGCCAGAGCAGGAUGGGCGGUUAGGAUCGCGACAAGCAGUUCGGCGAGAAACGAUCUGGUCGGCAUGGGCGGAGCGAUCAGGAUCCCACUAUCCGUGGCAAGAGCCGGCAAGCUCAGCGAAACCUUUUCGAUCACCCUAGGUACGAGGGAAGAACACAACCCGUAUACAGCUGAACUAGCAGCGAUUGCCUAUGGUCUCGGCUGUCUGUCAGAGGUAAAGUAUCGAGUGAUUGUGAUCUUGACGAGCAACAAAUCGGCGGCACUGGCCAUAGGUAAUCCUCGCCAGCAGUCAGGUCAAGGACAUAUUAAGAAGAUAUAUGAUGCACUAGAGAAACUCAGAACGAACGGAAACAAAGUCAACCUUAUCUGGUUGUCACGCAACAGCGAGCUCAAACUUCAGAAAGCAGCCAAGAUGUCAGCACGUCAUGCUACUGAGCCAUAUGUCACACCAAAGAGAGGAAUGGCUACAGCCAAGACAACGAUUCUCAGUCGAACGAGAGCAGAUCUACGAAAGGAAAGGAAGCUACCAGAUGGAGUUGGUGGGCACUCUAGAAGGGUCGACUCAGCGCUGCCUGGUAAACAUACCCGGCUGCUAUACGAUCAGCUAUCAUGGAAAGAGGCCAGCGUGCUGGCUCAACUUAGAACUGGAAUGGCACGACUAAAUGGCUAUUUAUAUCAGAUCAGGGCCGCACAGUCGGACGAAUGCCUGUGCGGACGUGCGAAAGAAACGGUAGAGCACUUCCUCUUCCGAUGCAUAAAGUGGACGACACAACGCAAAGAUAUGAUGCUGCAAUGUGUAGAAGAAAAGCGCGGCAACCUCUCUUUCCACUUGGGAGGUAAAGCAGUAUCAGACGGACAAGAGUGGACACCGAACAUGAAAGCAGUACGAGCCACGAUCCAAUUCGCGAUCGCAACAGGUCGCCUAGAACAGAGAUGA